AUGGCGGGUGAGGCCACGUCAUCCAUCCUGCAGUUCGCCACGUGGCAGAGCUCCGUUGACGUGUCGUUCUGGGAGAAGCUCGCGUCGCUGAAGGUCGAUUCGCAAGGCCUGAAAGAGGAAGACGUGGCAAUUCAUGGUUUCUUCACGCCAUCCUCACACUCUCAGUUCCCCUCCUUCCUCUCCCUCUCCUCCGCCUCCUUCCCCCCUUCCCCUGCCCCGCCUCCUCGCUUGCAUCUCAUCCAACCGGAUGUUACCACCAACACUGCUGACGUCACCACCGCUGACGUCACCACCUCGGACGUCACCACUGCUGACGUCGCCACACAUGCUGAUGUCAUCACUGUUGCUGACAGCAGCACUGGUGGUGUUGCCAGCAGCAAUAGUAGCAGCAACGUCAGCAACAGCAACAGCAACGGUGGUGACAGUAGGAGUGCAGUAACCAGUGGUGACAGAAAUGUGGCGGUUACCACCACCAGUGAUGGCAGGAGCGUGGUGGCAGGGGUGCUACGGAUUGCCAACACAGUGGAGUCGUUCCGAGCAUUCGACCGGCGGAAGAUGAUGGAGGGGGUGGCACAGCAGCUUUGGCACGACAUGCUAUCUGGCAGGGCAGAAAAGCACCCCUCCUUUCCCCAUUCUGUCCUCUUUUCUCUGGUGUCACUCUCGUUCUUCACCCUCGCAGCUGAUUGGCUGAACCCUCUCACAGCACCCGCCACGUGUCCAUCCGCCACUGGCUGGGAGCUGAACGCCAAGGGGAGGACCGGCGCGCGGUGUGCUGACCUGGCGCCGCUGAUGGACCCUGCCAGGCUGGCAGACGAGGCAGCGUCGCUCAAUCUGAAGCUGAUGCGGUGGCGCGUGCUGCCACAGCUGCAGCUGGAAAAGCUUCAGGCGACGAAAUGCCUAUUGUUGGGAGCUGGCACCCUUGGGUGUCAGGUGGCGCGCUCGUUGCUGGUGAGUGAGUUCACGGUUGAAGGAGGUGGAGCUUGGGGCAUUCGUGACAUUACCCUCGUGGACUACGGGGCGGUUUCGUAUUCUAACCCUGUGCGGCAAUGCCUCUUCUCUGUCAAGCACUGCUUGAACGGCGGCGUACCGAAAGCACAGGCAGCAGCAGAAGCACUCAAAGAAAUACUUCCCACUGCUCACACGUCAGGCCAUCGCCUCGCCAUCCCCAUGCCAGGUCACCCCGUGUCGGCCUCCGAGGCGCCACGUGUGCAUGCUGACGUGGCAGCCCUGCUGGCACUACUCCGCCAGUCAGACGCCGUCUUCCUCCUCACCGACACGCGGGAGAGCCGCUGGUUACCCACCCUGCUGUGUGCCGCCGAGGGGAAGGCGGUCAUCAACGCUGCUCUCGGCUUCGACUCCUUUCUUGUCAUGCGCCACGGGGCACUGCCGCUGCCUCUGCAUGCCACGUCAGCACCAGCAGUGUCUGAGUCAGCACCAGCAGCGUCUGAGUCAGCAUCAGCAGCGUCUGACUCAGCGCCAUCCAAGCGCCUCGGCUGCUACUUCUGCAAUGACGUCGUUGCUCCCCUCAAUUCCACCACUCAUCGCACGCUAGACCAGCAGUGCACAGUCACGCGCCCUGGCCUGGCAGCUAUAGCGGGGGCUCUGGCAGUGGAGCUGCUGGUGGGGCUGCUGCACCACCCACUCGGAAUCUCAGCACCAGCAGAAGACACCGCUGCUGAUGGGGUUUCUGCCUCUGCUUCUGCGUCUUCCCACCUCUGCUCGCCUCUGGGCCCGCUGCCUCACCAGCUACGAGGCUUCCUCUCCUCCUUCUCCCAGUUACCCAUCACCGGUUUCGCCUUUCACCAGUGCACUGCGUGCUCGCCUACAGUGGUUUCAGCAUACCAAGAGCGUGGGUUUGCAUUCCUUAUGGACGCGUUUAACGAUCCCACAUACUUGGAGAAAAUAACAGGUUUGGAUAAGCUGCACGCAGCUACCGUGGAGAUAGAAGUUGACUGGGAUGAUGCGGGGAUCGAGUCGACGCGAGCCGCGAGGAAAGCUGCGGUAACGGUACCAUUUUUGUCGCCAUUGUUGCUUCCCAACAACCGAUACAACGCCAAGUGCCUCGACGGCAGCCCCCCUGGAUAUUAUUUCCGCCCUGGUUACGGCUAUGGACAAUCGUCGUGGCACAUCCACCUGCCCCCUGGCGGCUGGUGCUCCACGUUUUCUGGGUGUGCCAAUCGCAGCACCACGUUCCUCGGUUCUUCUAAGCCUGAGCUGCAGAAGGACAAUCCGUACAGCAAUGCAAGUUAUGCCUACUUGGGAAUACUAAGCACCGGGCCAUUUGUCAACAAGGCUUUUCGCAACUGGAACCUCAUGGUGCCCAUCUACUGCGAUGGAGGGGGGUUUCAGGGCACGGCGGGAUGGGCGAAAGUGAAUGAUUCAUUCGGAAUCUACAUGGACGGGUGGGAUUGCAUCAAAGCGGUGCUGACGGAUGUGAAGGAGUUAAGGGGGAUGCAGUCUGCCACACGGGUCUUGCUUUCAGGGCAAUCGGCAGGGGCCCAGACGGUGCUGACCCUGUGUGAACACAUGCAGGAGUAUGCACCGAAUGCACAGAAGAUCAAAUGCCUCAUGGACUCUGGCGCGUUUACAGAUUCCAACGAUCGCUAUGGGCAGCCGUUCUUUCAAAGAAUGGCGGCUGACAUUGUUGCUCUGCACAAGUUCACUGGCAGCACAAAGUGCGCGCAAGCCCACUCGUCAAGUGAGCGCUGGCACUGCUUCUUUCCCCUAUACGCGCUGCCCUACAUCUCUCGCUCCCUCCCCCUCUAUGUCAUCAAUUCUCUCUUCGACUAUCGGGCCCUCAUGCUCGGAAACCAGCUCAACCCCUUCAACCAAACCUACUCGGUUCGGUGCGUUGCCGAGCUGCUUCGGCUCCUCCCGAACCUCACCGUCCAAUCGCUGACCGCCAGCUCGCCGCGCCAGCUGGCGCUGUAUUUAGCGGGGAAACAAGCGAGUAAGGAGUGUACUAGCAGUGAGCAAUUGGCAAUGCUGUGGGCUGGGCAGAAUGUGGGGAAAUUUGUUCAGAGUGUGCAGCAGAGGGGGAGUAAUAGUGGCGUGUUUAUCCCUGUGGGGAUUGCGCACUGUGUGAUUGCGCUUCCAUAUUGGAAUCGCCUUAGAGUAGAUGGGGUUAGGAUGUGUGAUGCAGUUCUCUCAUGGUACUUGCAAAAAUGA